AUGGGCUUCAGCCCCCCGGCGUACGCUAUCCCGUCGGGUUACGAGUGGCUCUACACGAUCUGUCCGCACCAAUUCGCGCUCUCGAACCUCGUGAGUCUCGUCUUCGGUCAGUGUUCGGGCAUGCCGACGUGGGAUGAAGCCACACAGGCGUACACGAACGUUGGUUCGGAACUUGGAUGUCAGCCUAUGGCCAACUCACCGGUGACGGUGGGCCACAUCACGGUCAAGGAAUACGCGGAGCAGUAUUUUGGCAUGGACUACAGUGACCACUGGAGGAACUUCGGCAUCGUGAUUGCUUGGAUCAUCUUCUUCCGUCUCCUGGGGCUGGUGUCACUGCGUUACAAUAACCAUCAGAAGAGAUAG